GUAAUGAAGAAUGAGGAAUAUUACACAGUAUUUUGAGGACAAUGUACAGUCUAAUAAUGACGCAUCGAUACAUUCUGAUAAUGAUACGAAAAAAGAAACGAAGUAUAGAAAGGAUUCUAAAGGAAAGCGUAAUCGUGUUAAAAUUAAAAUAUCUCGAACGAAUUCUAACGAAAGAGUAUGUGAUAUUAUGGACAAUAGCAGUGAUAUGAUUGAUAAAACGCCUAGUCCAUUUGCUAAGAUAAAUAACGAAGAUAAACAUUCAUAUGAAACACCAAAAAAAUCUUUUCCAAAAAGUGUUCGAAAACCCUCCAAACGAAACAAAUCAACAGAUCGAGCUUCAAGUUUUCUAAAUUUAGGAACAAAUGAUAUUGAUAUAAAAAAUAAAGAGCAAAGUAAAGAAGGUAAUGUUAAAACUCGAUCAAACAAUGAUAAAAAGUAUAGAAAAAAAUUGAGUAAUAAGACAAAUAUUAGUGAAGAUGUAAGCAUAGAUAGUACACUUAAAAGUAGAGAAGUUAUUGACGAUAUAGAGGUAGUAACUAUUGAUUCUAAUAGUGAGAUUGAGAAUAAUAGGGAAGAAUCAAAUGCUUUUCAAAUUCUAAUGAAUCGUAAUAAGGUAGUUCAAUAUGCGUCACCAAUAACAGUUCUUCCUCAAAAUGACGAAGUAAAUAGCAGAAAAUCAGAAGAGUAUAGAGAGAAACUAAAACGUUCUAAAGAAAAACUAAUAGCGUUAGCUGAUAAGAAAGGAUAUUCUAAAAGAAAACUUGCAGAGAUGGAAGAAGGUGAAAAAAUAGAACAAAUAAUACAAAAUCGUAUAAAGUUGUUUAAAGGUGAAGAGAGAAAGGAUAGUAACAUGAGUACAACUAUUUUAAAUCAUAAGCAAUCAGGUGGUAGUUUAUUAAAUUAUUUCAGCAAAAUUCCAGUGGAUUUAGUACAUACAAAUAUGGCAAAUAUGUCCACUAUUCUAGUAAAAGCUGAUGUACAUAUGACAGAAAACAAUGCUAGAUGUGAAUUAUAUAAGUCAGAUUUAAGUAGUACAAUACAAUCAAAUAAGAAACCUAAUAAAUUGGAAUUAUCUCAAAUGGAUGACAUUAGGAUCAUAGAAUCUGAAAACAUUAAUAUCUUGAAUAAUAAAAAAAAACAACAAAAUGAUCAGAAUCACAAGCAUAGAUGGUCGUUGCGAAUCAAACUCCAAACUUAUGAAAAUGAAAAUGCUCCAGCAGGUGAUACCAGUGAUGAAGAAUUAUUCUCACCAAGAAGUAAGGUUAAAUUAGAUAUGAAAAAUUAUAAAAAAUGUGGAUCAACUAGAAAUCUAGAUUCAGAAAACUUAUCAACAAAAAAUAGGAAUGUAAAAGGAAUAUCAAAGCCAGCAAAUGAAUAUACAAAAUUAAAGCUAGAGAAACGUGAACAUUCGGAAAGUUCAAAAAAUAACAAUAAAUGUUUAAAUAACAAAUCUGAGAAUAAACAGAAAUUUAUUAAGUGUGAUAAACAUGAUUCAACUUCGGAAAAAAAUAGUAACGUAAAGAACUAUAGUAAUACUAAUUUAGAAUAUACUACAGAAAAUAAACAAAGUGAGGAGGAUUGUAUGAUUAUCAAAGACGACAGUUUAAAGAGAAAAACAUUUGAUAAAUUAGCUCCUUUAUUUACCAAACGGAAAAGGCCAAAUCCAGAAAUAAUUGCAGCACGACGAUUGUUUUUACAGCCAGAUAUGACAGAUAAUAAUAGUAAAAAUAAAAAUCGGAAAGUAAAUGUUUGUAGUAUACUACCAUUUCCACUUAUUAGUCAUGUUACACAGUUAAAUAAUUUAUCUUGGCAUGAAACUAACAUUUUUAAUAUCCCAAAAGAAAUCUGUAACAAUUAUGUUCCAAUUAUAGAUAUAAACGAUUUUAAAUCUUUAAUAGAUUUUUCCAAGAAAAAAUUGAAAGCUUUAGAAAAAAUUAACAAACCGAAAAUUCAAGAAGUAUUAACAGAUAUAGAAAAGCAUUGUUCAAAUGUAAAAGACAUGUGGGAUGUUAUUUCACUUAUUGUUAAGGAACAACCUAAUAAAAUAGUAUCUCCUAGAACAAAAACUAAAAGAAAUAAACAAUCGGGGGAAAACGAAGUAAUAGAAUACAAAACUAAGGAGGAUCAAUUUGAAUACUGCAGUUGGACUUACAAAUACAGACCAAAAUGUUCUCAGGAAAUAGUUGGAAACGAAGAAGCAGUAGCAAAAUUGAGGGAAUGGUUGCUUGGGUGGAAACCAUUGUUUACCAAUGAGGAUGUUAGCAGUGGAGAUGAAUUUUAUUCAUCUGAUAGUUGUCAAACAAGAAUUAGUGAAAAUAAUCAAGUAGCUGUAUUACUCGGACCACAUGGCUGCGGUAAGACUGCGAGCGUAUAUGCACUAGCAGAUGAAUUUGGUUACACUGUAUUAGAAUUAAAUGCAUCAUCUAGAAGAACAGGAAAAAAGCUUUUAAAAGAAUUAGAAGAAGCAACUAAAUCACAUCGAAUUAAGAAAGAUGAGAAAACAUCUGUAUUUUGUGACCUAGUUUCAGAUGAAAUUAUGCCAAAGAAAAUACCACAAAACUCCCUCAUUCUUUUAGAAGAUGUUGAUAUUAUAUUUGAAGAAGAUGAAGGUUUUAUUUCUGCUACAUAUCAAUUAGCAUCAAAUUCAAAGCGCCCAAUUGUUAUGACGUGUAGAGACGUUUGUUCCCAUCUCAAUAAAAUGGCACCUCAACAAAACAGAAUUUAUUUUCAAGAGCCUGUUGGUAAUAGAGUUUGUGUUUUAUUAGAAUUAAUUUCAUUGGCAGAAACUGGUUAUAGACUUCCAUCUAAUUGCAUAACAGAAUUAUUGCAAAGCGGUGAUUUACGAAAAGCUAUAUUACAGUUACAAUAUUUAUUGUUAUCUGGCCCACCACGAAUAUUGGAACAGACCAUAAAUUUUAAAAAUUCAUUUUGGCAAAAUAUACGGUAUUAUAUACACAAGCCAGCAAUUAAAAUAACUAAGAGGGGAAAAAGGAAAAGAGUUGCAAGUAACGAAGUAACAAAUGAUGACAAAAACAUACUAAAUAAUAUAGCAAAUAAAUUAGAUAAUAUAGCUUUACUAUCAUCUCUAAUUGAAAUAGAAGAUUGUGCAUUAAAUCUGUGGCAAAUAAAAGCACAACCCAAUUUAUCUUUAGUCGAAAAUACUGCUCCAUAUUCAGCUUCUAGUAAUAUAUGUCUAGAAAUAGCUGAAUGGAUAGGUAGUAAGAUUAUAUGUAAAGAAGAAUUGAAUGACUAUAAUGGGACACAAUAUCAAGAUAAUAUUAUGUUAAAAAAACAGUCAAAUAAAGGAGUAAAUGAAGCCUUGUCACAAACUACAUCGUUAUUGCUCGACCAUCAAAUUAUAGCUACAGAUUACCUCCCAUCUGUAAGAACAAUAUGUAGAGCAGAAGCACUAAGGGCUGACAACAAUAAUAAAAGAAGAAAUCGGUUCUUUCAUUAUCUUCAUAACUUGAAAGCACCAUCUACAUUAUUUCAACCUAAUAUUUUAGCAGCUGCAUGCAAAAUAAUGCACGAUAAAGUUGACAAUAAUACGCAAAGUGAAAAUAAUAGUGGUCUCGUAUAACGAUUAAUUUUUUGCAUUAAAUAUGUUAUAAAUAUUUAUAAACAUAGUGCAAAUAUUAUUUUUAAAUAUAUAAUACAUCAAAUGAAGCAGUGCAUGUUUAUAAAACGCUAGAAAAAUGAGUGUUAUUAUUUAAUUAUAUUUUACUUUUUAAUCCUUUUUUUUUAAAGAAAAUAGAUUGUAGAUUGUUAAUCAUGCCUACUUUUAUAAUAUUAAAAACAUACAUAAAUAUUUUAUAUAUUAAUAAUGAAUCAAAAUACUUAUGUUAUCUUGAAAAAUAUUCAGCAUUAUAUACCUUUUUUCUAAGAGCAGUAAUAUUAUAUAAGCAUAGAAUUAAUGUAAAGUUGUAUUAUACAUAGUGGCCCCAAACUGUUUUAGGAUAACAGAUUAUGUCUUGAAUCUUAUGAUUACAUAAAUAAAACAUAUAUUUAUUAUUAA